AUGGCAUCAUCGUCUAGGCGAUAUUCCUUUACACUAAGUGAUCGUGAUGAUGACUCAUUUGAAGAUCUUGAUAGUUCUCUAGAUAGAGCUUUGAAUAGUGCAGCCAAUAAUUUAUUUAGUAAUCCCAAUCAAUCAAGAAAUAGCUCAUUUACAUCCCCAAAUGCAAUACAACUAAGUAGCUUGCAUUCAGCAGAUGACGAAGAUGGUAAUAUAAGUGAUGAUAGUUCCCCCUUAAUUAAUAAUUCAUAUCAUCGUCAUAAUAAUUUAUCAACAUCAUCGUCCUCAUCUUCCCUUAACAUAGCGGCCAGAUCGGUAUCUUCCCGAUUCAAGAGGUUUCUUCGUAGAUCAAUCAAUUUGUUUCAUAUUGCCAAAAGAGAAUUGGAUCAAGAACGUUUAAGGCUGACUGGAGCAUCUGAUUUUAGAAGAAAUAGUAAUGCUACGGUGGGUACAACGAAUACAAAUAAUCAAGAUUUUGGUGAACGAUAUAUAUCUGCCAAAAGUACAAACUUGAAAGCAAAUAACAUAUAUCCAACAAACGCAAUUUCAAAUGCCAAAUAUAAUCCAAUCACAUUCAUACCCAUUAUUUUAUAUGAACAAUUCAAAUUUUUCUUUAAUUUAUACUUUUUAAUAGUUGCAUUAUCUCAAAUUGUCCCACAAUUAAGAAUAGGGUACUUGUCAUCCUAUAUCGUCCCAUUAGCUUUUGUUUUAACCGUCACAAUGAUGAAAGAAGCUGGUGAUGAUAUUUCCAGAAGGCGUCGUGAUAAAGAACAAAAUAGUGAAUUAUAUGAAGUCUUGAAUAGAAAUUCACCCAAUUCCUUAACAUAUGAAACUAGAUUAAUCCCCGCUAGAAGUUUGAGGGUUGGUGAUUUAGUCAGAUUGCAUAAGGAUGUGAGAAUACCGGCGGAUAUGAUCUUAUUACAAUCUUCAGACCCCAUGGGGGAAUCAUUUAUUAAAACUGAUCAAUUAGACGGUGAAACUGAUUGGAAAUUAAGAAUCGCUAAUAAUGUUACACAAAAAAUGAAUGGCGUAGCUAGUUUAAUAUCUUCAGUAUCGGUGAUUGUUGGUAAUCCGUCAAAAUCAAUUCAUUCCUUUAAUGGGAAAUUAGUGUAUCAUCCUUCAUCAUCUGCAUCCUUAGUGGCAAAUGAAAGUUUCCCAUUAACUGUUGAUCAAACAUUAUGGGCAAAUACUGUAUUAGCAUCAGGUACAGCAAUCGGAAUGGUAAUAUAUACCGGGAUAGAAACUAGACAAGCCAUGAAUACUACCAUGACUGGAGUCAAAACUGGUUUAUUAGAAUUGGAGAUUAACAAUCUUUCUAAAAUAUUAUGUUUUGUUGUGUUUAUAUUGUCUGUGGUAUUGGUAUUAGCUGGUGGAUUCCCAUUAAAGAAGACUUGGUAUAUUGAUAUAAUGAGAUUCUUGAUUUUAUUUAGUUCAAUUAUUCCAGUUUCUUUGAGAGUUAAUUUAGAUUUGGCAAAAUCGGUUUAUGCAUCCCAAAUUGAAAAAGAUCAAGAAAUUGCAAACACAAUUGUCAGAACAUCAACUAUUCCUGAAGAUUUAGGACGUAUUGAAUAUUUAUUAAGUGAUAAAACUGGAACUUUGACUCAAAAUGAUAUGGAAAUGAAAAAAUUACAUCUUGGGACUGUGAGUUAUUCUAGUGAGACUAUUGAUAUUGUAAUUGAUUAUGUGAAUAAUUUAUUAUCAUAUCUUGAUUCAAAACCAAUUGGAUCAAACGCACUAUUGUCCAAAAAGAGAGAUUUAAACAGUCGUGUAUGCGACUUAGUCUUGACUUUGGCAUUAUGUCAUAACGUCACCCCAACUUAUGAAGAAGAAGAAGAAGGAAUUGAAGCCAGUGGCACUCCUGAAGUCACCUAUCAAGCUGCAUCACCGGAUGAAAUUGCCAUUGUUAAGUUUUGUGAAUUGGUAGGAUUGAAAUUAUACAAAAGAGACAGGCAUUCAAUUACAUUAUUACAUGUCCAUUCCAAUCAAUUGAUAAAUUUUGAAAUCUUAUAUAAUUUCCCAUUUAGUUCCGAAACCAAGCGAAUGGGAAUUAUCGUAAAAGACCCAAUACGUGAUGAAAUCGUAUUUAUGGAAAAGGGAGCAGAUACAGUCAUGUCCAAGAUCGUAAAUGCGAAUGAUUGGUUAGAUGAAGAAACUGGAAAUAUGGCUCGUGAAGGAUUACGUACAUUAGUGAUUGGAAAGAAGAAAUUGAGUAGUCAUUUAUAUGAAGAAUUUGUUAAUAAAUAUACUCAAGCUUCUUUGUCAAUGUAUGAUCGUGAUGUCAAUAUGUUAAAAGUCAUGAAUCAGUAUUUGGAACAAGAUUUAGAAUUGUUGGGAUUGACUGGUGUUGAAGAUAAAUUGCAGGAUAAUGUAAAGACAUCAAUUGAAUUAUUGAGAAAUGCAGGGAUAAAGAUCUGGAUGUUGACCGGUGAUAAAGUUGAAACUGCCAAAUGUGUCAGUAUUAGCGCCAGAUUGAUUUCCCGUGGUCAGUAUGUUCAUGAAAUUACAAAAUUAUCCCAUCCUGAAAUGGCCCUAAAUCAAUUAGAAUAUUUGAAAAUUAAUACCAAUGCCUGUUUAUUAAUCGACGGUGAAUCCUUGGCUACAUAUAUGAAAUAUCACAAGAAUGAAUUCUUUGAAGUUGUAAUUAAGUUACCUGCAGUCAUCGCAUGUCGUUGUUCCCCACAACAAAAGGCAGAUGUUGCUAUCAUAAUUAGAGAAAUUACCGGUAAGAGAGUUUGUUGUAUUGGGGAUGGAGGUAAUGACGUUUCCAUGAUUCAAUGUGCCGAUGUUGGGGUUGGUAUUGUAGGUAAAGAAGGUAAACAAGCCUCAUUGGCGGCUGAUUUUAGUAUUGAUCAAUUUUGUUAUUUAUCAAAAUUGCUAUUAUGGCAUGGUAGAAAUUCUUAUAAGCGUUCGGCCAAAUUGGGACAAUUUGUCAUUCAUCGUGGUUUGUUAAUUUCAGUUGCACAAGCUGUUUAUUCGAUUAGUUCCAGAUUUGAACCUAUUGCUUUAUAUCAAGGGUUUUUGUUAGUUGGAUAUUCGACUAUAUAUACCAUGGCCCCUGUGUUUUCAUUAACUUUAGAUUGUGAUAUUGAUGAGCAUUUAACAAAAUUAUAUCCUGAAUUAUAUGAAGAAUUGACAUUGGGGAAAUCCUUAUCAUAUAAGACAUUUUUCAUGUGGGUCUUCAUUUCAUUAUUCCAAGGGUCAAUCGUUCAAUUGUUAUCGCAAUAUUUUCAAACAUUGCAAGAAAAUAAAUUCACAGCUAUGGUGACAUUAUCAUUUGGAUGUUUGAUAUAUAAUGAAUUAAUUAUGGUUGCAUUAUCGAUUUAUAAAUGGAAUAAAGUCAUGGUUGCAACCAUUAUAAUUACAUUUUUGAUCUAUAUCGGUUCAAUACCAUUUUUACAAGAUUAUUUUGAUUUGAAGUAUAUUAUAUCGGUGAAUUAUUUCUGGCAAACUGCGGUAAUUUUACUGUUGAGUUUGUUUCCGGUUUGGUUGGUGCAGUAUAUUAAUAGAAGAUUGAGACCUCCCAGCUAUGCUAAGGUUCAACAAGAUUAG